AAAAACAAAGGCCGAACCGGCCUCUCUCUUCUCUACCGAGUCCCAACCCGACGCUCUCCCCAACCCUAGCGCGGCGGCGGCUUAGUGCUAUGGAUGGAGGCGGUGCAGCGGAUGGAGACGGCCGCGGAAGACGGCCAGGGCGCGGCGGACGGGUCAGGCCUUGGCGUGGCUGUGGAUCUAGCGUUGGUGACCGAUGGCGACGGCGGGGCUGCGGUGGGCUUGGGCCAGGGCGCGGCUGCAGCUGCGGAGGGAACGGGUGAUUGCGCGGUUGAGGGUGGCGAUGGCGCAGCUUCUGCAGGUGGCGGUGGCUCGGCUACAGCGGGCUCAGGCCAGGGCGCGGCAGUGGCUGGAGACUCCGGCCAGGGCACUGCUGGGUCGGCCUCGGCAGCAGCUUCAGGCCAGGGCACGGCUCGGUUGGCACUCCAAAAGUGAUGAACCCUGGAAAGUGUGCCUAUACUUGGUUGUAAUCUCUCACGUGGCCAUGUCAUUUUUAGUCCUGCCUGCUGUUCUGUGUAGAUGGAGAACUCCAAGUUCCCAAACGCCAAAAUAUUAUAAUGCUGGAGUUUGAAAUAUGGACAACAGAUGUUCUUGGUGCUGCUCAUGUUAUGUUCCGUGACUUGCACUCAUGUAUGUGAUUCUAAAGUGUGACGCCCGGGUAA